CAGCUGUCAAGGUCGCUAGCGCGAGGCAUCGCGAAGGCGGCCAUGCACCGCGCAUGCGCCGUCCUUCCAGCGGGCUGACCAAUUAACCAACUGAAGACUGAUGCGGGACAUGAUGUGAUGGUGAUGAUGACGCGCUACGUCAUCGGCAAGUGGGAGGAGCUACGUCACGACAUCCCUUUCUUGCAGUUUUCCAUAGGAUGAAUGAGUGGGGGGGGAAAGGUGGCGUACGUGCGGCUCUUCACGACGUCGAGAACAGGAAGCAAACAUCAGGAUCGUCCACGCAGAGGACGCACAGAGCAGUGAGCGCAGACGGGCGGGACCUGCCUGAGAAUAACCUUAACACCAGCGGGGACUGUCAUCAGAAACCAACUGAAUAAGGAAGACGAUGGAAGGACAGGAGAAGCAGGUGACAGGUUACCUCCUGUUCUCGCUGGCCACGGCCGUCAUCGGAUCAUUGCAGUUUGGUUACAACACAGGAGUCAUCAAUGCACCCGAGCAGAAACUUCGCUCUUUCUUCAACGACACAUGGAUGGAGCGUUACGGCCAGCCCAUCGACCCGGACAUGUGCACUAUAGUCUGGAGCGUCACGGUGGCCAUCUUUAGUGUAGGCGGCAUGGUGGGCUCCUUCAGUGUGGGCGUCAUGGCCAACCGAUUUGGCAGGAGGCGCUCCAUGUUCCUGGUCAACAUCCUGGCAGUGAUAGGCGGCUUGCUCAUGGGCUUCUCCACCGUCUGCUCCUCUUACGAGAUGGUGAUCGCCGGCCGCUUGGUCAUCGGCCUUUUCUGCGGCCUCUUCACAGGCCUGACCCCCAUGUACGUGGGCGAGGUGUCGCCCACUCCGCUCAGGGGGGCCUUUGGCACUUUGCACCAGCUGGGCGUGGUGGUGGGCAUCCUGAUCGCCCAGAUCUUCGGCCUGGAGUUUCUGCUGGGCUCGUUCAAGCUGUGGCCCCUGCUGCUGGCCCUCACUGUGGCCCCCGCCGUGCUGCAGUGCAUCCUGCUGCCCUUCUGCCCCGAGAGCCCCCGCUUCCUGCUCAUCAACCUCAAGCAGGAGGAGCAGGCACGCAAAGCGCUGGUGCGUCUACGCGGGAGCGAGGACGUGAGCAGAGACCUUCAGGAGAUGAAGGAGGAGAGCAACAAGAUGGCUCUGGAGAAGAAGGUGACCAUCCCGGAGCUUUUCCGCUCGCCUGCCUACCGCCAGCCGCUCCUCAUCGCCGUCAUGCUGCAGCUGUCCCAGCAGCUAUCUGGCAUCAACGCGGUCUUCUACUAUUCCACGGGCAUCUUCAGCUCGGCCGGCGUCAAGCAGCCCAUCUUCGCCACCAUCGGCGCCGGCAUCGUCAACACCAUCUUCACGGUCGUCUCGCUCUUCCUGGUGGAGAAGGCGGGGCGGAGGACGCUGCACCUCCUGGGCCUGGGCGGCAUGGCAGUGAGCGCUGUGCUCAUGACGGUCUCUCUGCUGAUGACGGACAUCGCCGCCAUGAGCUACGUGGCUAUCUUUGCUGUCAUGGUGUUUGUCGCCAUGUUUGAACUGGGUCCCGGUCCCAUCCCGUGGUUUAUCGUGGCAGAGCUCUUCUCGCAGGGGCCGCGCCCGGCGGCCAUGGCUGUGGCGGGCUGCUGCAACUGGACGUCCAACUUCCUGGUUGGGAUAAGCUUCCCCAAACUGGAGGAACUGUGCGGUCCGUGGGUCUUCCUGAUCUUCACCGCCUUCCUCAUCAUCUUCUUCAUCUUCACUUUCCUCAAAGUCCCAGAGACCAAAGGCAAGACCUUCGACGAGAUCGCCCGCAGCUUCAGUAGCGCCCCUCCUCCCGCAUCCGCAUCCGAAGCAGCACUGCCCGCCAGCGCCUGUGCCACUGGAGAAGCGGGCAGCACGCUGGCCAAGGAGAAUGUCCCCCUGGUGGAGCCCACCAAGACCUCGUCACAGAAGGCUGAAACCACACCCCUGGAGGAUAAGCCCACGGAGAGCGUGUAGGCUGCAAACGUGAAGGAAGGAGAGGAUUUUCACUUUUUUUCAAAAGUCGUUCAAAUCCUCCCAGUCGCUCUGCUCCGAUUUGAAAACCACAUUCCGCUCGGUAGCCUCCCGUGGGAGACGUGACGCGUGUUGCGGUCACAUGAAAGUGAAAGUGAAAGUGUGUCAGCAUACAGUAUAUCACCACGACGCGAGGGUUCAUCUUUUUACUAUUUGAGUGUGUUACGUAAUCUUCUCUCCUUGAUUUUGCCUUGGAGAUCAGCAGCAAAGUCCCUCUAGUGUAGCCCCCCCCCCCCCCCCUCCACACCUCCCUUCAGUUUUACAGCGCCCUCUGGUGGCACUGCAUUGUGUAGACUUCCGUUUUCACAAGUGUUGAUGUUUUGCCUUUCAACCGCCGGCCGAGCUAGCACCGCUAGUCAGGAUACCAAAGUUUUCUUGUUUUUAAACGUAUAUGUGACAAUGUUCGCCACAAAAAUUAUUUUAUUACACAACUAGAUGAAAAGUAUUUAUGGAACAAUAUAAAGGAAGAGAUUUAUCGGAUAUAUAUAUAUAUAUAUGUUAGGAAUAGAUUUACUAUGAGUAAAACUAAUUCAGAUUAUGCUAACGCUAAUUAACGCUAAUCAACGCUGCUGAGCACAUACGCAGCAAAGCAAUCACCAUAAAUUGUUCAGCACGUCAGCGCUUUAGAAGACUUGGAAUCCAAAACGUUGUCUCCCUUAGCAAGUCCUCGUCCAACUUGAGAGUUAAAACUUUAUCGAUCGUUUCGGUCUCUGACUUAAACAAUGUAGGACCUGACAAUGAGUGACGGGCAAGUGCUAAUAAUGAAAUUCUGUAUGCUAAUAUUAAUGUACAAAUGUCUUAAAUUGUUGCCUUGUCAUCUGUAAGUCAGUCUACUUUCAUAUGAAUAUUUUGACAGCAAGUAGUCAAAUAGCGUGUGAUGCUAGGCUAGUUAGGCUAGCUUGUCGGUAGCAGGUAAGCUAGCACACAAGCUCAUGUACUGAUAUGACACUUUUGUUGUUUGUGUCCUUCUAUGUCUCAAGAGUGUGUCUCAAAAUGCUUUUCUGCGCGUUCUGAAGAGAGAAAAACAGCAAUCAUGUUGGAGCAAACUAUAUAAAAGCCAUAAAAACGACCUUCAAAAAAAUGCCAACAAUGUAGGCGACAGUGUUAUUGGUCAAGGUCAAGGUCGACUUUGUCUAGAAGUAGUCGUCAUCGGCAGCUCUUUCCAAAUCUGCAAUGAUUAGUAGUUGCAAACAGGUACACUUUUGAUGCUGCUGAAGUUGACGAAUGAUAAAAUGCUGUUUUUAUACUAAAAAUAGCUAUGUCCCAGCUCCCUCGUGCUAAAUCUUUUUCUCUCUUCUCUCGCACGGAAAAGGGAAAAACGUGUGCACAUGUUGCACGUCAGGAUUGUGGAUGGUGGGUAAAAUUACAAAAAAUGUUGGGGUUUUUUUUUAGAACUGAUGGCAUAACUCUUGAAAUGUCAAAAUGCCUCCAAACACUUUUACAUUUUACAGCUACACGUGUUUUGAUGCAUGAUUGUAGUCGGUAUUGUGUGCCACUGAAGUGUUCCUAAAUAUUGUUCUCGAAAAUUGAGCUACAAACAUAGAAUCAUUUUUAAAAUUGUUGCAGCGAAAACACGCCGAGAGCUUAUGUGUUGUCUCUUACGUUGCAUCUUUAUUUGUGAGUGUGUGUGUGACAGCUUUGUGCGGCCUUUGUGCGUUGACCCUAAUCGUUUUAUUCAUUUUGGUGCGAGUUGUAUACACGUGUUGUGUAGCGUCCACAUUGAUGUGAACGCUUUUGCUCAUGAAGCCUAAAUGUGACUUUUUGCAAUUCCGAUUGCACAGUGAGUUGUGAGUUGUACAUGAGGACGUAUUAAAGUUCCAAUAGUUUUCUUUACACCUUGUUGUUUUAUGGACAGGCUUUGUGAUGUCAUGUUGGCCCAGAUAACACUUUUAACACAAAAAUGUUCACAUUGUGAUGUAGUGUUGAUGAGCUUGUGUGCUGAUCGCUUCUCUUCGUACAUGAUAUAAUGUUCUGGAAUAAAUGA